AUGUCUGGCACCACCAAGCACCUGGCGACGCCGCAAUCGGUGAUCCGCCGCCGCGAGGACCUGCGUCACAACCGGGGCGCCCGUCCUGAGCGGACUCGCCACACGUCAUCAUCGAUCCGUGCGGCGGAGAAGUUCGCCAAGGAAGCCGAGGAGGCCGUGGACCAUGCGGAACUCCUACUGACCGAGCAGGCUGGUUACCUUGAGGCCAGCGAGGGCGAGCAGACUCGGCGCUACACCCAGGCCGAGAUCCUCGACAAU